AUGUCAGCCGGCAGCGAUAUCGCCGGAAAUUGCAGAAAAACGGCCGGUUUUUACCCAGAUUUUUCGGAGCUCGUUCCGGCGAUUCCGGCCACCAAAUCUUGCGAUCAAGGACGUCUGAUCUUCGAAGUGGAUUUCGGCCGGAUUUCGAGGGGAGAUUCCGGCCACUUCCGGAAGCUUGGCCGGCGGUUUGGAGUUUUCCGGCCGUCGGAAAUUACUCAAGGCACCCACGCGCUGCCGGCGCGUGUAGCGGCGCGUGGGCUAGGAAAAUGGACCAGCUUGAGGUUCUAA